AGUAGCUUUAAUGGUCUAUUGAUCUGUGCUGUCGACCUGGAGAUGCUGCCUCGCCCACCACACCCACCCUACCUCUCCGACUCUCUACCUAGACAAGCACUUCGGAGCGUUUCUGGACCACAUUACAAGGCCCGUGACCACGGAUAAUAAGAAACCCUUUGUCCCAACAGAUCAAGCAACCUCUGUCUCCAUCACGUCCGUCUCUUCCCUCACAACAGCUAUCCCCAGCGACAAUGGGCUCCGGCGACGUCACUGCCCGCACUCCAGCAAAGGCCGGGGCUACCUCCAAGAAGCCUGCGGGCUCCGCUUCGACCGGCAAACAGGCUAGCAUCCUGGGCUUCUUCUCCAAGACCGCGACCCCCUCGUCGUCGACAAGGCUGCCCGCCCGUCCCGCAGAGCCGGCCUCGUCGCCAUGCCUCAAGGAGACCACAAAGUCCAACGCCAUGGCCCGGAGGCAGCGCCUCUCGGAGAAGGCAACCCCCGUCCCCGGCAGCGACGCCAUCGAGCCCCGCAGUCCCCAAGACGAGAACAGGGGCGCAUCGACGGUCAAGCGUGCCAUCAGCAACAUGGCCAUCGCCAGCAGCAGUCCCAUUAAAAAGGGGAGGAAGACGGUGAACUACGCCGAGUCCUCGGACGAUGACGACAAGGAUGUGUUCGCCGCCCUGAACUCUCGCCAGAGCCAGCGCCGCAGCCGUUCACGGCCCUCGGUCUUGCAACACGACAACGAUGACGAGGACGAUUUCAAUCCCGAGCCCGAGGCCGCUGGCACCGCCGACUACGACGAUGAAGCUAUGGAUGAUUUCAUCGUGUCGGACGACUCAGAUGCCCCCUCCAAAUCCAAGAAGCGGAAGCGGCCAAGCAGCAAAGCCGCACCACCGAGGAAGCGCAACGUCGCCUCGUCCUCGCCACCCCCAAGGGACAGGGUCAGGGAAGAGGCCGAAGAGGAGGACGAGGAGAUUGGUGACGACAUGCCGCGCACCUCGACCACGCAGCAAUGGCGCUACGACCCUGAAAAUCCUGCUCCCGCUCCCCAGCCAGGAGACAAGGCGCCUCGCAAGCCAGCCCCAAAGGCCGCAGCCUUCAAGCACAAGGACAGCAAGCCCCAUACCAAAAAGUCGGAGCAGGAUGAUCGCUAUGUCUGGCUUGCCAGUAUCCGUGACAUGGACGGAAACAAGCCCGAAGACGCGGAAUUCAACCCGGCCACCAUCUACAUCCCGCCCUCGGCCUGGAAGAACUUCUCGCCCUUCGAGAAACAGUACUGGGAGAUCAAGCAGAAGCUGUGGGACACGGUCGUCUUCUUCAAGAAGGGCAAGUUUUACGAGCUCUACGAGAACGACGCCACCAUCGGCCACCAGCUGUUCGAUCUCAAGCUCACAGACCGCGUCAACAUGCGCAUGGUUGGCGUCCCCGAGAGCUCGCUCGAGAUGUGGGUCAACCAGUUCGUGGCCAAGGGGUACAAGGUCGCCCGUGUCGACCAGAUGGAGUCGGCCCUGGGCAAGGAGAUGCGCGAGCGCGACGACCCGGGGGCCAAGAAGGCCAAGGGCGCCGCCAAGGCCGACAAGAUCAUCCGCCGCGAGCUGGCCUGCAUCCUCACGGGCGGCACCCUAGUCGAGGGCAGCAUGCUUCAGGACGACAUGGCCACGUACUGCGUCGCCAUCAAGGAGUCGACCCUCAACGGCAACCCCGCCUUCGGCAUCGCCUUUGUCGAUGCCGCCACGGGCCAGUUCUUCCUAUCGCAGUUCGAGGACGACGUCGACCUGACGAGGCUCGAGACCUUUGUGGCCCAGACCUGCCCGCGAGAGCUGCUCCUUGAGAAGGCGCGCUUGUCGACCAAGGCCCUGCGUAUCCUCAAGAACAACACGACCCCGACCACCAUCUGGAACUAUCUCAAGCCCGGGGCCGAGUUCCCCGAGCCCGACGCCGCCGUCCGCGACCUCGACAGCAGUGGCUACUUUUCCAAGGCCGCCGAAGGGGAGGCUGGCGAUGCGGACCAGGAGGAGGCAUGGCCCGAGGCGCUCGAAAAGUCGCGCGACAAGAGCCUGCUGAUAUCGGCCGUGGGCGCCCUCGUGCACUACCUGCGUGUGCUGAAGCUCGAGCGCAGCCUCUUGUCCCAGGGCAGCUUCGAGUGGUACAGCCCCAUCCACCGCAACGGCACGCUCAUCCUGGACGGCCAGUCCCUCAUCAACCUCGAAAUCUUCUCCAACAGCGUCAACGGCGGGCCCGAGGGCACGCUCUUCAGCCUCCUCAACCGCUGCAUCACGCCCUUUGGCAAGCGGCUUUUCCGCCAGUGGGUCUGCCACCCGCUGUGCAACACCCAGAAAAUCAACGAGCGCCUCGACGCCGUCGACAUGCUCAACGCCGACCGCAGCAUCCGCGAGCAGUUCUCGUCGCUGAUGAGUAAGAUGCCCGACCUCGAGAGGCUGAUCUCGCGGAUCCACGCCGGCGUCUGCAAGGCCGAGGACUUUGUGCGCGUGCUCGAGGGCUUCGAGCAGAUCGACUACGCCAUGUCCAUGCUGUCGGCCUUUGGCGGAGGCAACGGCCUGGUCGACCGGCUGAUCGGGUCCAUGCCCGAUCUCAAGGAGCCCCUGGGGUUCUGGAAGGGCGCCUUUGACCGCAAGAAGGUCCGGGACCAGAAGCUCCUGGUCCCAGAAAAGGGCAUCGAGGAGGACUUUGACGAGAGUGCCGCCAACAUCGCCCGCAUCAAGCGCGAGCUCCACGCGCUCCUCGACAGGCAAAAGGCGGCGCUCAAGUGCAAGACGCUCAAGUUCACCGACGUGGGCAAGGAGAUCUACCAGGUCGAGGCGCCCAAGGCGACCAAGGUGCCCAAGGACUGGAGGCAGAUGUCGGCCACCAGCAGCGUCAAGCGGUACUACUUUGGCGAGCUCGACGAGCUCGUGCGCGAGCUGCAGGAGGCCGAGGAGACGCACUCGCAGAUCGUCAAGGACGUGGCCGCCCGCUUCUUCAAGCGCUUCGACGUCGACUACGAGGUCUGGAUCCAGGCCAUCCGCAUCAUCUCGCAGCUCGACUGCCUCAUCUGCCUGGCCAAGGCGUCGUCGUCGCUGGGCGACCCCAGCUGCAGGCCCGUCUUUGUCGACGACGAGCGGAGCGUGCUCGAGUUCGGGGAGCUGCGCCACCCCUGCAUGCUCAACACGGUCGACGACUUCAUCCCCAACGACAUCAAGCUAGGUGGCGACGAGCCCAACAUCAACCUCCUGACGGGCGCCAACGCUGCCGGCAAGUCGACGGUACUGCGCAUGUCGUGCAUCGCCGUCAUCAUGGCCCAGAUCGGCUGCUAUGUGCCGGCGAGGUCGGCGCGCCUCACGCCCGUGGACCGCAUCAUGUCUCGGCUCGGGGCCAACGACAACAUCUUUGCGGCGCAGUCGACCUUCUUUGUCGAGCUGUCCGAGACCAAGAAGAUCCUUUCGGAAGCGACGCCGCGCUCGCUGGUGAUUCUGGACGAGCUCGGGCGCGGUACGUCGUCGUACGACGGCGUGGCGGUGGCGCAGGCGGUGCUGCACCACGUGGCCAGCCACAUCGGGUGCGUGGGCUUCUUCGCGACGCACUACCACUCGCUGGCGACCGAGUUCGAGGGCCACCCCGAGAUCCGGGCGCGGCGCAUGCAGAUCCAGGUGGACGAGGGCCGCCGCCGCGUCACGUUCCUGUACCGGCUCGAGGACGGUGUGGCCGAGGGCUCGUUUGGCAUGCACUGCGCCGCCAUGUGCGGCAUCAGCGGCCGCGUCAUCGAGCGCGCCGAGGUGGCCGCCCGCGAGUGGGAGCACACGAGCCGCCUCAAGGAGAGCCUCGACCGCGCCCGCACCGGCUGCUACAUCCCGCUCGGCGUCCUUAGCGACGUCGCCGGCCUGCUGCGCGACGACGACGAGGCCGAGUCGAGGGUCACGGAGCGGGGGGUGGACGUCCUGCUGCGGGCCAUCGCCUCCCUGUAAGGUGGGUACCUACCUACUACCAAUACAUGUGUGAUGACGACUAUACUAUGUGUGAUGGGUAUAUAGCCACCCACCCACUUAAAAGUGGCACCCUAACUCGCGACAAGGGAUCAGCUCAAUUGACGUGCACAAGUUUGAACAGUUUUCCGUCGGGUUGCAGGAAGUACCUUUUUAAGCAGGGGAUGGGUGCCCUGGCUUUCUUAGGCUGUAUUGGGUAAGGCGCGGCCACAGCGGGCUUGGCGAUUGACUGGGGGGUGUGUGGUUUCUUUGGGAGGGAAAGAUGAAUGGCUGGACCAGGCAAUGCCUGCUGCGGGCCGCGGGCCCCGUCGACGAUCAGCUGGCCGGCCUGUGAAACCUCAAGGUGGCACAAGGGGGGGACCAAAGGGGGCGCCGCAACCGCACCUAUCGCUCUCUCAAUGGGCCUUGACAUAUUUUUUGUUUUCUUCCUUCUUUCUUCUUUGCUGACGCGAGGGAUGGUUUUGCUCUUGUCCGGAUCUUGUGAAACAUGGGGGAGGUGAUGGCAGGCAGGGGUUCAGGGGGUUAUGUACGGACUUGGGCUGCUUCUUUUCUCUCCUUCGUCCCGUUUGUAGGUACAGCUGUACCUUUGCUUGCUUUGCCUAGUCCGUCUAAUCUGUACUUUGCUAAUUUAAUCAAAUAAUACCUACCAACACGUAUCCGUAGCCAGCCAGCCAGCCAGUCGG